GUUUAAUAAUAAUAAUAUAUAUUUAUACACAAUACACAAAUUUCGAUCCACUGUACACAGCGCUCUAAAUACUAUUUUGGCACGCGCGACGACCAUGCAGCAGCUACCUACGAACCUUUACGCGAAUCAUAAUCCACAAUACAUGUUGAUGAGACUUGUGGCUCCUGCCGACUAGAUUUCAACCAACCGACAACGAUCGCUGUUUUAACUUUUUAAUUGAAUGUGAUUCAGUUAAAGACGGUUAUAGAAUAAUCGAGAUUAAACCAAUGGUUAUAUAUUUUAUCUUGAAAUUUAAUUAUUAUUGAUAAAUAUUCUCAAUGACUACCAAGUUGAUUGACAACAUGAAUUUAAAUUGUGCUGUGAAGCUGCUGCGUUACGAUGACCUGCCAACAUCUAAUAAUGAAGCUGUUGUUUCGGUGUUAUCAAACAAUGCAGAUACAGAUAAUCAAUCUAGUGCUGAUGUAAAAAGAUCUGUAAGGAUAUCUAGAAAACGUACUAAACCUAAUGUAGAAGAUAGUAAUCAAUCAGAAAAUGUAAAAAAAAAAAAAUGCAUAACCAAAAAACCCCAGUUGAUGAAUAAGAUCGAAUCGGAAAAAACAACUGAUAUUCCUCAUAAAGAACAAAAUAAAAACAAAAUCCAAGAUUCUUAUUCUGUAAAGUCUAAUGAAAGCUAUUUAAUUAAUGAUGAUCUUAGUGUAAUGUCUAAUGCUACACCUUAUUCAAACAAUUUUAUAGAUGACGAAGAAACAACUUCCAUGCAGAGUUCAUCGAAACCUCCUAAAUUUAAAAUAUCUAAAUCUAUCAUUGCUGUUAAAAAAAAGCCUGUAAUACAUGAUAUAAAUAAAGAUAAUCCAACUAAUGAAGUUGCAAAAACUGAAAACUGUGUUGGUACAUUUAAAUCUCCAAAAACUAAAACACUCAAAUCUAUUACAUCAAACAAAAAAAACCCUGUUCUGAGCAAUGUUAGCAAAAAUAACACAUCUUAUGAACUUGAAGAAAGCAACAAUGAUAAUUCAACAAAAGCUCCUAAGAAUAAAACACCAAAAUCUAAUACUUCUAAUAAAAAAAAAUCCAUGACAAAUAAUGUAAAUAAUGUUGAUAAACUUGAUGAACUUCAAGUAAAUGAUAAUUUUGUUAAACCACAAGCUUCCAAUAGUAAAACAUCUAAACCUAUUGUUUCCAAUAGAAAAAAACCUGCUAUAAAUAGCAUAAAUAAAAAUGGUGCAACUAAUGAACAUGAAACAAGCAACAAAAUUGAAAUUCCUAGAAAACGUAGCCGUACUUCAAUAAAAAAAGAAAAAUGUCAAAAAUCUGAUUUUGAUAAUAUAUGUAAUAAUAAAGUCAAUUUAGAGCAAACUCAAAAUUCGGACAACAUUUGUGAGACUUUGUACACUGACGAAGCAUUAAAGUUAUCUCAAAACUUUGAUGAUGAUAUCAUGAUGCUUAGAAGUAAUAAACCACCUAAGAUUAAAAAAAAAUGGAGUGAUGAGUGGAGUGGAGACAAAUUGUUUAAAAUUUUACCAAAAUCUAACAAUGAAGAAUUUUCUAAUGAUUCAACACUAGAUGUUAAUAACUGUAAGACAAUUAAAAGAAUACCAAAAACUCAAAAAUCAAAAAAUUCUAACUGUAAAAAAGUUAAAACUAAGGUGUUUGAACAAUUAAAUCCUACAAAUUCAUCUUUGAUUUAUACCUCAAGUACUGAUUGUGAUAAUAUAGAUGAGUCAUCAAUAAAUGUUCCCGUUAUGCAAAAUGAUGGUAUAUCAAUUACGUUCAAUAUUCCUCUCAAUGACUCAAUACCAGCUGUUUGUAAUGAUGCUAUGUCUGAACCCAUUGUUUAUAAUACACCAUCUAGUGGAACCUUAUCUAAUAUUUCUAUAAUACCGACAACUGGUAUUGAGAGUUCAUUUUCCAAUAAAAAUGUUCAACAAUCACAUAUAAGUACAGUAGAACCAAUAUCCGAUUCUGAUUAUUUAUCAGUUUCAACGAUAAGCCCUGAAAAUACUGAAAUGAGUUAUGGCAUGGCUAUACUAUCUGAAGCUAUCAGCCGGCAAUGUAGAGAAUCGGCUAACCAAAAUUUAAAGAAAAAGUCACCAGAACCUGAGACCAUUGAAGUACAGUCUUGUCCUAAGAAAGCAAACAGUACAUCACGACCGCAAGUGCCUAGUGCCAUGGUAUCACCUCAAAGAGUUGUUAAAAACAUGUCAAAAAAAGUACUUAAGUACUCUCCUGGAUUGUGUUUGCAAUCCGUUGAAAAUGAACUAGAAUCUCAUAGUGAACUUGAAAUUCAACUCCUUUCUAAACGUUUUGACAUCCCUAUCAACACUCUUAGGAGAACAGUUGUAGAUGAGCCCCUUUCUGUAUUCCAAAAAAAGUACUCCAAAUCAGUGACACCAUCAAUGGUAACUAUAUCACCCAUAGUUAAAGACGCUGAUUCCAAGUCAGGAUUAAACUUAAAUUAUGUAAGUGGAAAUAUAGAUGUAGAGUACAAAUUAGAACCUAUUAGAGAGGGUGUGGCAUAUGAAAAAAAUAACUUAAAAGACUUGAUGUUAGAACUUUCAAAAACUAUGCCAUCGUGGAGCUUGAGCAUUGUCACCAAUCCACCAAGGUAUAUAAUUUCGCAAAUGUCAAUUGGCAAGUAUGGUGUCCCCAAUGCAAACAAGUGUAUUGUACUGGACAGAAUGUUCAGAGCUUCAGUUUACAUCAAUCAAUCAUUGGAACAUAAACUUAGUAAACGUUACACAACAGCAACUGAAAUUGUCAAUCUUAUUAAAGAGUUAAAUUCAAUGUGAUAAAUAUUUUUUUAUACAUAUUGAUAUUUGUAUAUUACUCUUAUGAUAAAGAAUAAAUUAUUUUUAUUUUGUUGUAUGAUUCUAAUUGAGUUCAAACCAUCAAAUUUGUAUGUACAUAAAUUAUAAACAUUUGUAAAGGAAAUAAUCAAUGUUAUUUUGUUAUAUUGUAUAUACUCAUUGAUCAUUAUUUAAAUUAGUAAAUAAUUUUCAAACAUACAUAAGUAUAUUUCUUUUUAAUCAAUUAGAAUGGUAAGACAUAAUU